CGAUUCAAUUUGGGAUCCCUGCUGGCCGCCUGCCUCCUGCCUACUCACAGGUCUCCUUUGCUGCAUGUGGAAGCUACUGAAAAGCCAUUAGCAGGCAGGACCCACAGCGGAACCGCACUGCAGCAUACCUCGGUGCGCGGGCGGGCGGGCAGCGGAGCUGAGCCUGAGCUCCGCUGCCUCUUCCAGGGACCUCCAGACGGACUAGGAGAGCCUGUCAAUCAAGGGCGCUCCCCUAGCAGUGCCGCGCUGCUGCGGGAACCCAGAGAGGCUGGGGCGAACUCCAGCUGCGGCGUGCGGAUGAGUCUGAAGCGGUUUGCCUCUGUUCAGUAAUGCAUCCCGAGGUAAAGUGUUACCUGAGCCGAGACUCUGAAUAAUGCAGCUCCCGGGGGAGACCGGUGGAGCACAAGAGCAUGCUGGAACUCACAGCGGGGCUCCUGCCUGAGAGGGGACAUGUCUCACUAUCAUUUUAUCAAGUGCUGUUGCUUCCAGCUAUGCAACGUGUUUCGGUCCCACGAGAUGGAAAUUGACCAGUGCUUGCUGGAGUCGCUUCCCCUGGGCCAGCGGCAGCGUCUGGUAAAGCGCAUGCGCUGUGAGCAAAUCAAAGCCUACUACGACCGCGAGAGGGCUCUGCAGAAGCAGGAGGGUUUCCUAAAGAGGCUUAAACAUGGCAAGAGCCAGAAAGUCCGCUUCUGCCUGGCGGACAUGAUUCAGGAUGCCAUCGUCCACCACGACGACAAGGAAGUGCUCCGGCUCCUGCAGGAGGGUGCAGAUCCACACACUCUCGUGUCCUCCGGAGGGUCCUUGCUCCAUCUGUGUGCUCGAUAUGACAACGCCUUCAUUGCAGAGAUCCUGAUCGACAGAGGGGUCAAUGUCAACCACCAGGACGAAGAUUUCUGGACCCCAAUGCACAUCGCCUGUGCGUGUGAUAACCCCGAUAUUGUGCUGCUGCUGGUGUUGGCUGGAGCCAAUGUCCUCCUCCAGGACGUGAAUGGAAACAUCCCGUUAGAUUAUGCUGUGGAAGGGACUGAAUCCAGCUCUAUCCUGUUGACCUAUCUGGAUGAAAAUGGAGUGGACCCGACCUCACUGCGGCAGUUGAAGCUUCAGAGACCCAUGAGUAUGUUAGCCGAUGUCAAGCGCUUCCUGUCAUCGGGAGGAAAUGUUAACGAGAAAAAUGAGGAAGGGGUCACUCUGCUGCACAUGGCCUGUGCUAGUGGCUACAAGGAGGUGGUGUCGCUCAUCCUGGAGCACGGUGGGAACCUCGAUGUCACGGACGACCAGUACUGGACGCCUCUGCACUUGGCAGCCAAGUACGGCCAGACAAACCUGGUGAAGCUCCUUUUGAUCCAUCAGGCAAACCCAAAGCUCGUGAACCGAAAUGAAGAGAAGCCAUCAGAUGUCGCUGCCUCAGAGUUCAUCGAGGAGAUGCUGCUGAAGGCCGAGGUGGCGUGGGAAGAGAGGAUGAGGGAGCCAGUGUCUGCUCCCUCCUUGGCCCAAGAGAAGCCAUAUGAAGAGAUCCUGCACGAGCUGCCCACGCUUCCCAGCAAGCUCCCCCUGGUGCUACCCAUAGCCAAGCAAGACAGCUUGUUGGAAAAGGACACCAUGUUCAAAGAUGUGACCAAAGGGCAGUGCAGGCAGCAGUCCCCGGACACCACCCCUGAGCGUGCCACGGCGAACGGCUGCAGCAAACCCGAGCAGGUCAAGCUCAUGCCACCUGCUCCCAAUGAUGACCUGGCCACACUGAGUGAGCUCAACGACAGCAGCCUGCUCUACGAAAUUCAGAAGCGCUUUGGGAACAACCAGAUCUACACUUUCAUCGGGGACAUCCUCCUGCUGGUCAACCCAUUCAAGGAACUCCCAAUUUAUUCUCCCAUGGUGUCGCAGCUGUACCUGAGCCACACGGGGACCCCCUGCCCCUCGCUGCCCCCCCACCUGUUCUGCUGUGCCGAGCGUGCAGUGCACCAGCUGUUCCGGGACCGGAGGCUGCAGUGCUUUGUGCUCAGUGGGGAGAGAGGAUCAGGGAAGUCAGAGGCCAGCAAGCAGAUCGCGAGACACCUGAGCCUCCGAGCCAUCUCUGGCGGGGCCCUGCUGGACUCCAGGCUCAGACACGUCAUGUGCAUCUUAGAAGCCUUUGGACAUGCCAGGACACCACUCAACGACCUGUCCAGUUGCUUCAUAAAGUAUUUGGAAGUACAGUUUAGUGAGACCAAGAAGCAAGCGACUGGAGCUAGAAUCCACACCUAUAUGCUGGAGAAGUCCAGGCUCGUGUCCCAGCCUCCUGGCCAGAGCAAUUUUCUGAUUUUCUACUUGUUGCUGGACGGGCUUUCUGCUGAAGAAAGGCAUGGACUGCGCCUCCACAAUGGGUGUGCACACAGGUAUUUGAACCAGGCCAUGGGGGGAGACACAGCGGCCGGUGACCAUGUGCUGAACAGGGAGAGAUUUGCGGCUUUGAAACAAGCUCUGAAUGUAAUUGGCUUCAGCAACUUGGAGGUGGAGAACCUGUUCGUGCUCCUGGCCGCCGUCCUGCACCUGGGGGACCUGCAGUUCACUUCCCUCACCGACCCUGCAGGCUCUGCCUUUGUCUCCGACCUCCAGCUGCUGGAGCAAGUGGCUGGGAUGCUGCAGGUGUCGGCAGAGGAGCUGGCGUCCGCCCUGACGACCGAUGUUCAGUAUCUCAAAGGAGACUUAAUAGCGCGACGACAUACCGUACGAAUGGCUGAGUUUUACCGCGACCUGUUGGCCAAGUCCCUGUACAGCCGUCUGUUUGGCUUUCUGGUGAACGCUGUGAACUGCUGCCUGCACAGUCAGGAGGAGGAUGCCAGUGCCCACACAUUGGACAUUGGAAUACUGGACAUCUUUGGUUUUGAAGAAUUUCAGAAGAAUGAAUUUGAACAACUCUGUGUCAACAUGACCAACGAGAUGGUGCACCAGUAUAUCAAUGAAGUACUUUUCCUACAAGAGCAGACAGAGUGUGUACAAGAGGGGGUUACCAUGGAAAUGGCAUAUUCUCCUGGUAACCAGGCUGCAGUUUUGGAUUUCUUUUUCCAGAAGCCAUCCGGAUUUCUCUCUUUGUUGGACGAAGAAAGUCAAGCGAUCUUGUCGGUAGCGGAACCGAACCUUCCCAAGAAGCUCCAGAGCCUGCUGGAGUCCUCGCACACGAACACGGUGUACCCGGUCCUGACAGACGGCAACGGGAACCUGGCGCUGCGGGGCGCGGGCGCGGCCUUCACUGUGCUGCACUACGCUGGCCGGGUAAUGUAUGAAAUUGCUGGAGCAAUUGAAAAAAAUAAAGACUCCCUUUCACAGAAUCUUCUAUUUGUAAUGAAAACUAGUGACAACGUCGUGGUCAAUCAUUUGUUCCAGUCUAAACUGUCACAGACGGGAUCUCUGAUCUCUUCCUCUCCUUCCUGUAAAUUUCGAGGACAUAAAUCGGCCUUGCUCAGCAAGAAAGCAGCAGCUUUGCCAGUCACCCGGGAAAACAAGAAUUACACAGAGCUGAGUAAGAUCUUGAAAAAGAAAGGAACUUCUAGCUUUCUUCAAAGACUGGAUCGAGGCUGUCCGGGGACCACCGCAACUCAGCUCAGGAGGUCCCUGGCAGAGCUCACCUGCAGGCUGCGGCGGGGCGCGCCCCACUUCGUGCACUGCAUCAAGCCCAACAGCGCGCAGCUGCCCGACGCCUUCGACCACGUCUAUGUAUCCGCGCAGCUGCAGUACCUGGGCGUGCUGGAGCUGGUGAAGGUCUUCCGCCACGGGUUCCCGGUGCGCCUCUCCUUCUGCGACUUCCUUGCCAGAUACAAGCCGUUGGCCGAGACGCUGCCAGGCGAGAAGAAGGAGCCGUCCGCAGAGGAGAGAUGCCGCCUGGUUCUCCAGCAGUGCAGGCUCCAGGGCUGGCAGAUUGGCGUCCACAAGGUGUUUCUGAGACACUGGCAGGCAGACCAGCUCAGCGAUCUCUGCCUGCAGCUGCAGAAGAAGAUCGUAACCUGCCAGAAAGUCAUAAGAGGGUUUCUAGCGCGCCAGCACUUGCUCCAGAAAAUGAGUGCCACGCAGCAGGAGAUGUCUCGCAUCAGGAGCUUCCUGCAGAACACCGAGGACCUUGCGCUACAGACCUACGAUGCCCUGGUCACCCAGAACGCAUCCGACAUUGCCCGGGAGAACAACCGGCUCCGGAUGGAAGUGAGCACUUCGCACAGGGACAGGGGAGAGGCCAAGGGCCGCCCCGAGGAAGGAGCCAAAAGAGCCGAGGACCAGGCCGGGCCCUGGCUCGCACCCACCAGCUCCGUCCCGGUACCCGACCCCGUGGCAGCGGACAGUGUGGCCCAUGCCUUCGUGGGACCGUCCAUCCGCCCUCCCUCCCUGCACGCUGCCCUCGGCGUGGACGACAGUGGCGGCCUCCCGUCGCCUCGGAAACAGCCUCCGCCCAAGCCCAAGAGGGACCCCAGCACGCGGCUGAGCGCCUCCUACGAGGCCGUGAGCGCCUGCCUGUGCGCGGCCAAGGACGUGGCCGGCGAUGCUCUGACCCGGCCCAGGCCCCACAGCGAUGACUACAGCACCAUGAAGAAGAUCCCCCCACGAAAGCCAAAGAGAAGCCCCAACACCAAGCUCAGUGGCUCCUAUGAGGAGAUCUGGGGCCCGAGGCCCCCAGGUGUGCCUGGCCAGGCAGGUGCGUGUCAUGCCCCAGGGAUCUCGAGUGCACCAUGGACCUCACCUCAGUGCACUAUACAGCUGCCACUGCACCUGUCCUUGCCCCCAGGGGACAAUUUCGACGACGAUGACACUGAGCCAGUGUACAUCGAGAUGGUAGGGAACUCUGCCAGGCCUGGAGGCCCCGAGGCUGACAGCCCCGAGCAGGGGGAGUCCGUGUAUGAGGAGAUGAAAUACUUCUUGCCAGAGGAGGGCUCCUGGCACUCAGGCCUGCGGGACUCCUGCGACAUCCCCGCGCCCUUCCCCAACCUGCUGCCGCACCGGCCGCCAAUGCUAGUCUUCCCACCCGCGCCAGCCACCAGCUCGCCUGCCUCAGAUGAGUCCCCGCUGACGCCAUUAGAGGUGACGCGGCUGCCGAUGCUGGAGCCCAGCCGCAAGUACCCAGUGCAGGCCCCCCUGGACGAGCUCAGCAGCAUCUUCAGCUCCGGCCGCCCUGUGCUGCGCAGGUCAGCGGCGGGGCGCAGGAUCCGUGAGGACGGAGGUUUCGAAACUAACCUCAACCUGACCAGCCAGGAUGAUGCCAGUAUAUCAGAAAUGGCUUCAGAGACUCAAGAUAGAAAUGCAAACAGCCACGGGAUUCAAUUUUCAAAUUCACUGUCUGGUGCUAUAACUGCUGAAAAUGGAAAUUCUCUCUCCAACGGUCUCGCUGAGGAGGACGGGUACUCGCGGGUGUGUGUGAGCGGCACAGGGACCUCGACGUUCCAGAGACACCGGGAGAGUCACAGCACUCAGGUCAUCCACCAGCUGCGGCUCUCAGAGAACGAGAGUGCGGCCCUGCAAGAGCUGCUGGACUGGAGGCGGAAGCUCUGCGAGGAGCAAGACUGGCAGCAGGCCCUGGAGCCCCCCGAGCCCCGCGCACCCCCGCCACUGCCCUGCAAGAAGCCCACCCUGCUGAAGAAGCCGGAAGGGGCCCCCUGCAGCCGCCUGCCCCCCAAGCUCUGGGACACCACCAGCUAGGGGCCUGGGCUGCAGACACAGGACACAGUACACUGAUCCCGUCCCCCUGCGUCGAUGAUCCUGCGUGCGUGUGUGUGCGUGUAUUCCUUCUCCCCCGUUCUGUGACUUUCAGGCUCCACGUUGAUAGGGCCACGCUCCCCGCAGGUGGGGACAGAAAGGCUGGGCGCGUGAGACAGGAGGGGCAGCGGCAGGGAGCCAUGACGGAGGUCCCACAAGCUCCUGCGCAGGGCUGUUCCCUGGAGCCCGUCCUCGCCCUGGCUCUGUGAUGCGCCUGUGCACAGACUCGUUUAGUUUGUUUCCCCGUAGGUGUUUGAGUUCCGUUUGAAUUUCAACCGAUAAUUAUUUACAAGUGGAUGACGGUGUUUUGUAACUCGACCUGUCGGUGGUGCUCCCUCUCUCUUCCAAAUACAGAUUUCCAAACGCUACUUAUAGUUUUUUUCCUCCACACGUUGUUUGAUUAACCUGAAGGAUCCAGCCCCAGCGGGACCGUGUUGUUGCUUGGCUUUGCAGUGUCACCUUGGGCCGAGCCCCAUGGUGUCUUAGACUUCACUCAUGGUUGGGAACAGCGCUGUCCCUCCACCGGCCUCUGCUUUUGGGUGAGCAGCUUGUGCGGCCCUUAGCAAAACCCCCACUCUGCCCCCCACCCCCCGGCUUCAGCGUAGGCCCCAGGAAGUUUGCGGUGCUCAGCGACACGUGUAUGGCUUCAGGUUCAUCAGUGGUGGUGCAGAAGGUCAUCCGAGGCCGCAGUGUGGGUGCUGCGCCCCAGGCCGGUCCCCGCCAGUGGCCCCAUAUGACCCUCCCGCUGUGUCCCCGCCUUCCUGUCCCCCAGUGGCUCUGCUUCUGCUUCUCUGUGCAUUUCCGUCCCCCGGGGUCCUCAGCAGUGGCUUCAGACCACCUGUCUUGCUACUCAGAACUUUUUAUUCAUAGCAGCCUUUGGAAUACAACU